AUGGCAGCGUCUAAAGAAUGUCUUCAAAUGGCAAUAAGCCAACGCAUAGCGUUACUUCUACUGCAAGAACCAUAUGUAGGUGCAAAAGCACAUGUAACCUGUAAUCGUCGCGUAAUUCAAAAACCUACUAGUAACAGAGAUAAACCGGUUAAAUCGGCAGUCAUCGUUGUUGAUCCAACUUACUUAAUCAUAGAAAAUCCAGAGCAUGUUAGCGAAAAUAUAGUAGGGUUUAUAGUUAAAAUAGGAAAAUUUGAAGUAGGCAUUAUAAAUGUAUAUUUAGAGAAAGACGGUAACAUAGAAGAAGAUACAAAGAAGAUAACAAGAAUUGUGCAAGAUAUGGCUACGGAAAACGUUAUCCUAACAGGCGACUUUAAUGCAAGGAGUCUCUGGUGGGGGAGCAGAGCGGAGGACAAGAGGGGUUUACUUUUAUCGGAAAUGAUAGCUGAACUGGAUAUGAAUGUUUUAAAUCAGGGCAGUGAAUCCACUUUUUACCAAUACCGAGGAGGAAAGUUAUAUAGCAGCAUAGUGGAUGUGACCUGCUGUACGUCGGCAAUCCUACAUAAAAUGGAAAGAUGGAGGGUUGACCCUAAUUUUGUUACACUAUCUGAUCAUCGAGCCAUACAAUUUCAAAUGAAGGUCAAAACGGAUAAACAGAGUGUCGCGCUCAGAAAUUCUACUCGCUUAUUUAAUACAGCCAAGGCAAACUGGUCUCUCUUCAGAAACGACCUUAAAGAAAAAUUAGAAAAGGAGAACGUAACAGAAAAUAAAAUAAAAACCAUAGAUACACCAGAGGAAUUGGAUGAUAUCGUGGACUCAUAUGUCAAACAAGUAAAAUUAGCCUGCCAGAAAUCCAUACCAACUAUCUCUAAGAAUGUAUAUAAAACCUGUACACCAUGGUGGAACACGCAGCUAGAAGCAGAACGAUGCAAAGGUUAG